CCCAACAUGGCGGCUAUGACGUAACUUGCAAACCAAGAAUACUUUACAUUCACACUCACGCAUAUCGACCAGAGUCGUUGUAGAUGAUUGUGUAUGACGCAUCAAGCUUAUUUCAGAUGGCUACGUUUGAUCAGUGUUGGUGACGCCUUAUAAAACGUGCAAAAGAAGUAACCACAGAACAGAUUACGUAAACUAUUCUGUGGGGUAGCUUUAUCUGAAUCGUGAAAUUGUAUCCGAAUUUAACCUUCGAGGGAGGAGAAAAAUAUUCCUACAACGCCCGUAUAUGUAUUACAAAUGGUAUGUUGCUUAUCCAUUCAUUGCAAUUGUAGUGGUAUUAAUACUUGGAAAAUAUCUAAACCUCUCAAUGAAGCGUAUUUUUGAGAAAUCUCCAAUAGUUAAGGAGUUUUAUCUUAGCUGGAAUGGCGAAUCAAACUCGAUAUUUUAUCGCGAAAUUUUGGCGAAAGGGGAAGUAAAACUUGAUGUACUUUUGCUGCAUGGAAUGAAAUUUUCUUCAAAGAAUUGGCUCGAUAUAAAAACCUUCGAUAUCUUAGCAUCGAACGGUUACCAUGUUAUUGCAUUGGAUUUACCAGGAUUUGGAAGGUCAACGUAUGAGCUGCACACAGGCAAAAGUGAAUUUUUAUUUGAAUUCAUUAAGAAAGUUGGCCUUAAUAAUGCAGUCAUCAUUUCACCAUCAAUGAGCGGUCGAUUUAGUUUACCAUACCUUGCUGCAGGAAAACCAUCUAAAGCUUUUGUUGCAAUUGCAGUUGCUGGUACUGAAGACAUUGAUAGUGAUGACUUUAAGAAGUUUCCACCAACAUUGAUUUUUCGAGGCUCAAGGGAUGUAGGACUAGGUGCAAGAUCAACAGAAACACUUCGUUCUUAUCUAUCAAAUUAUCGUUAUAAAGAAAUUCAGGAUGCAGGUCAUGCUUGUUAUCUUGAUAAACCCGAAGAAUUCCAUGAUAGUUUACUGAAUUAUUUAGAUUUCGUAAACAAGACAUAGAAAUCAAUUACAUGUCUAUUGCCACUGCGUGUAAAGACAUUCUUAGACAUAUUGUUGGCAAUCCAUACAUGGUCAAGUACUUGUGAUUUAUGAUUGUGUGAAAGUAUACAAUGGCUUUAGAGUGCUGUAACAGCAUUUUAAUGCUACAGUUUGAUGGAUUGGUGAACCGAGAAGGUUGAAUUUUUCUAAUGUUUCUGGCAGUGUCUUGUAAAUUACCAUCCUAUAUAUUUUCCUUAUAAACAACAUAGGUGUAUGGGUUGGGGUCAGGAGGGGCAGCUGCCCCCCUCCCCCUAAGAAAGCAUGAAGAUUGAAAAGUUCAAGGGAGGAUGUUCGGCAGAACCUUCAUUUUGUGUGGGGGAAAUAAUUACUGCCCCCCCCCCUCCCCUCAGAAAUGAUAGUUCCUGCACACCUAUGAUAAACAACAAAAGUUUUGAUGUAUCACUACAGUAAUGGAUGUUUUCUUUGUAUGUCUGUGUUUUUGACGUUAGAUAAACAUGGUUUGUUAUGAGUAAA